AUGAAACAUCUUUCCGCGCUAUUUGGCAACCGUAAUGAAGUCGCUUCCGACGGCGAACCCGCUGCCAAGCGCCAGCUAGUCGUCUUUGGGGAUCCUGGGACGGGUAAAACGCAUUUUAUAGAAGCUCUCAUUAGCCGUGCUGCCGUUUCGGAGACGUGGGUUCGUUCAUUUAAUUUCCCCGCGACUCCUAUGGAAGUCGACUUGGAGUCGGAGGCAUUUACCGUGUACACAUUGCCAGUUGGCGAGUCAGAACCCCGCGCCAGUACUUCUACUUCUCAAGCACCACGGAGGACUUUGCUCGUUGAAUGUAGAGAAGCAUGGACCUAUGAAGACAAUCAAAUCUUACGUACGCUACUAUAUCCUGGCACAGACGUCGUCGCCGUCUGCGUGGCCGUAAACGAUCCACUCUCGCUCAGAAAUGCCGUUGACAAGUGGUAUCCAGAGAUUCUAUACUACCUCCCCACUGUGCGCAUUCUGCUCGUCGGAACCAAAGCAGAUCUCCGGAAUGAUCUUGACGAGGAUGCGAGUAGCUUCAUAUCUCAUGAAGACGUUCAAUAUAUUGGGCAGCGAGUGCACGCCGUGAGUUAUCUCGAGUGCAGUGCAAGGACGUUCGCCGGGAUGGAGGAUAUAGCCAAUGUCCUUGCACGUACCGAUUAUCAUGCCGAAAAAAACCUGGUAAAGCGGUGUAUCCCGGCUGUUCUUGCCUUCCGAGGGAGCUCGGCAACCGAUUCCGACCGAGGGAAAGAAGAAAAGCUACAGCGCGCAACUCGUUUGGGACAAACAAUUUGCACUUCUUACUCCCUCACUCCUCCCUGGCAAAUGUCCUGGACAACCUCGGAGACCCGACAUCACUCGAAAGCAAACAGCAAACGGCUCGCCGCCCUGUUUGGUAGCCACCAUGAAAUCGGUUCCAGCAGCGAGCGUUCCAUAAAGCGCCAGCUGGUCGUUCUUGGGGAUCCUGGCGCGGGAAAGACGCACUUGAUAGAAGCACUCACCAGCCAUUGUGCUGUCCCAGAGACGUGGAGACCUUCAUCCAACUGGCCUGCGGUCCCCAUCGAGAUAGAUUUAGAUUCGGAAGCGUUUACAGUCCAAACAUUGCCCAUCGGUACUUCAAUCACCAUCGUGCUGCGAACGCCGACUGACCGACCAUUACCAGGCCACCGGGAGGGCAAGCAAAACGCUGCCGACGUCACUCCUCUAAACUCUCGAGCAGAACGGGUUGCUUUGCACAUUCAAUGCCGAGAGCCAUGGACAAGUGAAGACCAUCGACUUGUGCGUACGCUCGUCUAUCCAGGUACAGACGUGGCGGUUCUGUGUGCAGCAGUGGACGACCCAAUAUCGCUGAGAAAUGCCGUCGACAGGUGGUACCCAGAAAUCCGACAUUAUAUGCCCACCGUCCCCAUCUUGAUUAUCGGGACGAAAGCAGACCUCCGGGAAGACUCCGGGGAGGAUGCAAGCAAGUUCAUUAAUCAGCAAGAAAUACAAGAAGCAAUACAGCGAACCCAUGCCUUGGGGUAUAUUGAUUGCAGUGCGAGAACAUUCGAAGGAGUGCAGGAAGUCGUCGGUGUUCUUGCACGAGCGUGCCUACAGUCGCGUCUCAAGUCGAAAGACGAUGGCUGCGUUAUCUCCUGA